GCAGCCCCUCGCCCCUCUCGCCGACGCGCCGCUGCUCCCCUCCCAGAAAAUGAAAACACUAGCAGAAAGGAGAAGGAGUGCUCCAUCUCUUAUCCUGGAUAAAGCCCUCCAAAAACAGCCUAGUACCAGGGAAAGUCCUUCUGCUAGUGUUGACACCUGUGCAUUUCUGUCAUCAUUUGUGUGCUCCAGUCGGACUCUGCUGAUUGACGGUCGAGUAGAACUCAAAAGAGGCCUGCAGAGGCAGGAGCGGCAUCUUUUCCUGUUCAAUGACCUGCUUCUUAUAGUCAAAAUCAAAUACAACAAUAACUUUAAGGUAAAAAAUAAAAUUAAAUUAACUGAUAUGUGGACAGCCAGCUGUGUGGAUGAAGUGGGAGAGGUCAACACCAAUGCUACGAAAUCAUUUGUCUUGGGCUGGCCCACAGUGAACUUUGUGGCCACAUUUAGUUCUCCAGAACAAAAAGACAAAUGGCUCUCCCUCCUUCAGAGAUACAUCAAUCUAGAGAAAGAGAAGGACUACCCGAAGAGCAUUCCCCUCAAAAUCUUCGCCAAGGACAUUGGGAAUUGUGCCUAUUCUAAAACUAUAACAGUAACGAAUUCAGAUACAGCGAAUGAAGUUAUCAACAUGUCACUACGAAUGCUAGGGAUAAAUGGUUCUGAGAGAGAUUACCAGUUAUGGGUCAAUUCUGGAAAAGAAGCAGCACCAUACCCACUCAUUGGGCAUGAGUAUCCCUAUGGGAUUAAAAUGAACCACCUUCGAGACACUGCAUUUCUGACACAGGGAUCAAAGGACUCUGCCACCCUUUCUAACCUUCAGGAGCCCUUCCUCAUGGAACAGCUGCCCCGAGAAAUGCAGUGCCAGUUCAUCCUGAAGCCCAGCCACCUGGCUGCCACCCAGCAUCUAAAUGAUUCAGGUCAGAAGACAGUUAGGAGGAGGAGAUCGAUCAUAAACUGGGCCUUUUGGCGUGGUUCUAGCACUCACCUGGACAACUUGCCUGUGUCACCAACAUCUCCUAUACCAGGACAGCUCUUUGGAGUUUCUCUGCAAGAUAUUUGUGAAAAUGAUAAUCUGCCCAAGUCUGUCUUGGAUAUGCUUUUCUUUCUUAAUCAAAAAGGCCCCCUCACAAGGGGCAUCUUUAGACAGUCAGCCAAUGUGAAAUCCUGCAGAGAACUAAAAGAGAAACUGAAUUCUGGAGUUGAAGUACACCUAGACUGUGAAUCUGUUUUUGUGAUAGCAUCUGUCUUAAAGGACUUUCUUCGAAAUAUUCCAGGAAGUAUUUUUUUAUCAGAUAUCUAUGAUCAGUGGGUCUGUGUAAUGGAUCAAGGAAAUGAUGAAGAGAAAAUAAACACAGUUCAAAGACUAUUGGACCAGCUUCCGAGAGCCAAUAUCAUUCUCCUGAGAUAUCUGUUUGGGAUAUUAUACAACAUUGAGAAAAAUUCCUCUACCAAUCAGAUGAAUGCAUUUAAUUUGGCAGUAUGUGUCACUCCAAGCCUUAUUUGGCCUCCUACUUCCUCCAGCCCAGAGCUAGAACAUGAAUUUACAAAGAAGGUUUCCCUGCUUAUACAAUUUCUGAUUGAAAAUUGCUGUAGGAUAUUUGGACAUGAAAUCACAUCUCUCUUUGGAGAGGUUUCAUUGAGAAUUGACACUAAAGAGAAUUCCUCAGACACCUCUUGUGUCCAACUGAAUGACUCCUCCUAUGACAGCUUGGAAAAUGAGCUAAAUGAGGAUAUUGAUGCUCCAUGUAGUGACUUGGUAAAGAAACUUGGCCAGGGUAGCAGAAGCAUGGACUCUGUCUUAACUCUCAGUGACUAUGACAUUGACCAUCCUGAGGUGGAAGGUCUUCUAACCCUGAGUGAUUUUGACUUAGACCACUCUACAGAUCAAGACAUUCAAAUGAAACGGCCUCCUGGGUGCAAGCCGGUGAAUGUUUCAGUAAGGAACAGAAAGGCCUCACUGGGGGAGCAGGCUGGGGCCUCGUCCAAUACAUGUACACCAAUCUACCUGUCCACAGCUGCAGCAGAUGCUCCAAAAAGCUUGCGGCGACUCAGGCGCUGUUCAGAGCCCAGCAUCGACUAUCGGGAUUCUAAGGUUUCCUAUCUCAGGGAGUUUCACCAGAAAAAGUUACGCAAGUCCAGCUGUGAUGCAAUACUCUCUCAAAAAGAUGAAGACGAUCUGAAGCAAAAAACUGCCCUCCCAGAAGAGGGUACGAUAUGCUUAGAACAGAGUCUGGUCACAGGUACUGACAUAAGCAGAAAAAACACCACUAGUAAAAAUAUUAAGAAGAAAAGCUCAUCAGGUAAUGAAGGAAAUUAUGUGAAAGUUUUCACUAAUUCCAAGCCAGUGGCCAUUUCUGUGGCAUCUUCUAGUCAUAUGUCCCCCCAAGAUCAUUCUGGGAACCAACAUUCUGAUGCAAAUACAUCUGGAUACUCCCCACCACACAUAGCAGAUACAUUCAAGAGUUCAAGGACACAUCGACGCUGCUCAGAGCCCAACAUAGAUGUCCAGAACUGCAAACUGACCUAUCUCAGGGGGAUUUAUUCAAAGAAACAACAUAAAAUCAGCUGUGAAGCUAGUCUCUUGCAGGGAGAGGAGGAUUAUCUCAUACGGCAUAAGUCUUUGCAAAUGGAGGGGCAAAAACUUAUUAAUCAGAGUUUGGUCAUGGGAAUUGAGGUGGGCAAAAGCAGUGCCACCAACCAAAGCACUGAAAAAGUUUUGCCGCCAAGGCUAAACCUGUGUCCAAGUACCAGCUCUUCCAGCUUAUCUUCCCCAGGAACUUCCCCAUCUGGCUCAUCUGUGAGCUCUCAGGACAGUGCGUUUUCUCAGAUUUCUGAACACUCUGUGUUUACACCCACAGAAACUUCUUCUCCAAUAGAUUGCACUUUCCAGGCUCAGAAAAAACAAGAAAACCUUUCUUCUGAUAUUAGCGCUUCCAGCCUCUAUUCUAAAAUGCCCGGUUCCUCGGAAGGGCAGGCCAGUAGCCACCUGGCCUACACAAAAAAGGACACCAUGGAGUGGCAUUUACAAAUGCAUUCUGGAACUCUUCACCCCAGCACAUGGUUGAAAAAUAGUGUGGCCAGCUUGAAAAACUGGUCUCUCAAAAAGAAAGCAAAAGUAGCCAGACCAGAGGAAAAGAAAAAUUCCCUAAAAGGACAUGUGGAGUCAGUUCCAUAUGCUUCUGAUGUUCCAGAAGCCAAUUCACUGCAAGAGAUUCAGAAAGACCUACCCCUAAGGGCAGCUGAAGGACUUGGAGCCAUGCAGACAGUCCAGCUAUGCAGCUCUGCUUCCUGUCUGGACUCAGAGAAACAUUAUAGUUCUCCAUUCAGCCUAGUGGAGAGCAGAUUCAAGCUUUCUGUGAAGUCCUACAAGGGAGGAGAGACUGAAGGGCAGUGCUGUUCUGGUCCUCUGCCUUGGGAAAAAGCCUCAUCUAGCUCUGGGACUAUAAAUAAUGUGGCCAUCCCAGAUGUGGGGCCUACUGUGGUUUCUGAUGGUGAGGAUAAACCUUUAACCAAAGACAUUUAAUCACAGUAAGAAUCUACAAUCUGCAACAGUGGGAACUGGGCUGAUAACACAAACAGCAAUUAUGUCCCCUUUUUAAAAUAAAGAUACUUGGGAGAUGUAGCCUAAGAAUAAUCUUGCUCAUACUUAGGACAAAAACAUUCUCUCUACUGAGACUACUUGAUAAAGACUUUAUGUGAAAAAAAAAAUUAUCACCUAAGUUUAGACAGUUUUUGCUUACUAAGAGAUUUUAGAGAUAAUAGUAGAGGACUAGAGAAACCAUCUUCCAUUGAAGAGGCCUGCCUGUGUCAACUGUCAGUGAUAUCAGGAUCCUGAGGAGGCCACACUUUCAUGAAUGAAGAAUCAGGAACAGAAAGGGGGGCACUACAGAGAAAUCACCCACAUUUAUUUCACAGAAUGCUUUUAGUAAUCAAGUGAGGAAAAUACCACUAAUCAAAAUAUUUAAAAUGUGUAUAUUUAUGACAGAAAUCAUGUAAAUCUUUUUCCUUAAUCGAAGCCAAUAGCCAUAUCUGUGGAAUCUUCUAGUCACAUAUCCUCGUAGGAUCAUUCUAAGAACCAGCACAUCU